AUGUUUGUUCCCAAAAAGGAUGGUUCUUGCCGCUUAGUAGUCAACUACUGCCGCCUUAACAAUUGGACCAAAAAAAACGUCUAUCUGCUACCCUGUCCUGAUGACCUCAUGGCCCAACUCCGCGGUGCCAAGGUUUUCACCAAAUUGGACUUACAAUGGGGAUACAACAAUGUCCAAGUUAAGGAGGGUGACAAAUGGAAAACUGCCUUUUGCACUAGGUAUGGACUCUAUGAAUCCCUGGUAAUGACCUUUGGCCUAACAAACGCUCCUGCCACCUUUCAACACUUCAUGAACAAGCUGUUCAAAGACUUGUUGGAUGUAUGCGUCAUCAUCUACCUUGAUGAUAUCCUGAUCUACUCAAAGGAUGAUGCAACCCACACCCAGCACAUCCAUGAGGUUCUACAGUGUUUGAUGGAAAACCAGUUGUUCUGUAAGGCCUCCAAAUGCACCUUCCAUGUCACCUCAGUGGAGUACUUGGGAAUAAUUGUAUUGGAUAAGGGUUUCAGCUUGGACAAGCUCAAAAUCCAGGCUGUCCAGGAAUGGCCUACGCCCACCAAAGUCAAAGAAGUCCAAUCCUUCCUAGGGUUUGCAAACUUCCUCCGCCAAUUUGUUGCCAACUUCAGUCGCAUAGCUUGGCCAUUACACAACUUGGUGAAGAAGGACACGCCCUGGAAAUGGGAGACUAAGGAGGAAGGAGCCUUUCAGGGGCUGGAGGAUGCCAUCACCAAUGCUGUUACACUCUCAAAAAUUAUACCAUCAGACCCGCCUAUUUUUUCUGCACCUAUUCCCCCCUUGCCAUCUCAGACAUUCCAUCCACACGCUCUGGCGCCCCCCACCCACACUCCUGUCCUACCAGUUGCUCCAGCCGUUGUUUUGUGGCAGCCAACUCCCAACCACCCACUUGCAGCCCAUCACCUGCUCCGCAAGACUUGCCCGGAAUGGAACCAGAGCCGUCCCUUGGCGCUCUCCUUGAGGCUAUCCAAGCCCUCACCCUCCAAGUUGGGUCCCUCCAGGACCAAGUCAAAUCCCAAGGCAAGGACAAUCAUCAAGGGCAAGGGCCAUCCUCCAACCACCAUUCCGGCCUUAACAGCCAAAUUCAAGGAGGCAUUUGCUGACCCCAAUGCUAAGAGGGCAGCCGCCAGAAAAAUUGCCACAUUAACUCAGACAACCACCACGUCUGAGUAUGUCACAGAAUUCCGCAAUCUCAUAGCAGAACUUGACUGGAACAAGGAGGCGUACAUUGCCCAGUUCACACGCAGCCUUCACUGGAAGGUCAAGGAGCUCCUAUCCACCAAGGAUAACAUUCCCAAAGAGCUUGAGGCAAUUUUUGCGGCCUCAAUCAAGGUUGACAACACCCGCCGCAAGAAUGAGGAAAACCGCCCAAAAAAGGCACCUGCCAAGUCCCUGGCCACCGUGGCCACCUUCACUUCCACCACCACGCCCAGGGUUUGUCUAUCAGAGGACCCCAACUACGUUACCCCAGAAGAAAGGGACCAUUGCUGCGCAUCUGGGCUAUGCAUCAAAUGCGGUCAGAAGGGACAUGGGAUCAAACAGUGCCCCAACGGCUGGAAGGCCACAGCCAAGGAGGCCGCCAAGAUUGGAGAAGUUGAGUUGGAAAAAGAAAAACCCCUACUAUUUCUGAACUUGAUACUGCGUGACUACCCAACGGAACCCAUCAAAACCCUUAUUGACUCUGGCGCCACUUCCAAUUUUAUUUCCCCCUCUCUGGUAGAAAAAUUAAAAAUACCAAAAACCCAACUUGAAAAUCCACAAGUUGUGAGAAUGUUAGAUGGUACCAUUUCACAGACUGGUUGCAUAUGGUAUCAGGUUCAACUCAUGGUCUUGGCCAAUGGCCAUCCCCACACCAUACCCUUCCUUGUCUGCCCCAUUGGCAAUACCCCUGCUAUUCUAGGAAUGACCUGGCUCACAUCAGAAUCUCCCCUCAUUGACUGGCAACAGGGACUUGUCACGUUCCCUGAACAAGUACAAAUUGCCUCUGAGGAAGAAGCUGACCCAGACUCCAUAGCAGACUUGCCCACUCAAUACCGGGAGUUUGCUAGAGUGUUUGGCAAAGAAGAAUUUAAGGUACUGCCCCCACAUUGGGAAUAUGACAUUGCAAUCAAUCUAGUUCCAGACGCCAAGCUCUCCCCCAGUCCACUCUAUGGCAUGACAGAUGCGGAAUCAAAAGCCCUUAAACAGCACAUUGAGGAAGAACUGGCCACAGGAAAAAUUUGA